CACACAGGCGUCGGCGGCCGGUCGUGCCCUCGGGCGUGUGUGUCGCCCGGGGUGUCCGGCUCCCUCGGCGUAGGCUUGGGAGGGAGGAUGGGGAAGGUUGUCCGGUAUGGGCGCACGCCGUAGCUGCCCGCGUCUCCUCGGCUUUGCAGCUGUGGUAAACCCGCGGCAGGGCCGGACCCAGGGGGAACCUCGCACAGCUCCUGCCUUCGUAAAUGCCUCAGCGCGGGACAGGCUGGGCCGGGCGCUGUGGUGGAAGCGCCCGUUAGAGCGUUCCGGAGCUGGUAGCAAGCCGUGCAAGAGGGAGGUUAAAAUUUUUCUAAAGAACUGAAAACAAUUAGUGCUGAGCGGUGGGGGUGUGGAAGGAGGCUUGAGUCCAUGUACGCGCUGGGAAGUGACGGGAUGGGGGGCUGCUGGCCCCUCCUGCCGUUAGGGAAACAUUAACUGAAGAGUUCUGCUAUCAUUUGGGGAUAAAACAGGUUAGAAAGUACCUUGCAGAAAACAGCUUAAGACUAAAUAGGCGCAAACGACAAUGCAAAUUCCUGUUUUUACGGUUGAUGCAUUUACAAACCGGCCAUUUUCUGGAAAUCCUGCGGCAGUUUGUCUGCUUGAAAAUGACUUGGAUGAAGAUUUGCACCAAAAAAUCGCAACAGAAAUGAACCUUUCAGAAACUGCUUUCAUCAGAAAACUGCACCCUGGAGAUGACUUUACCAAAAGUUCCUGCUUUGGACUCAGAUGGUUCACCCCAGCCAAUGAAGUUCCUCUCUGUGGUCAUGCUACACUUGCAGCAGCUGCUGUGUUGUUUCGCAUACAAAAAAACACAAAUUCAGUUCUCACAUUUGUGACGCUGAGUGGGGAAUUAAAAGCCAGACAAGUGGAAGAUCAUAUUGUCCUGGACUUACCACUAUACUUAACCUACCCACAGGUACUUCAGGAAGUAGCAGAGUUAAUAAAGGCAGCCGUUGGUGACAUGAUUGUUCAAGAUCUCCGUUAUUCUCCUGACACAAAGAAACUCUUAGUCCGCCUCAGUGAUGCUUAUGAAAGGUCUGUGUUGGAAGAACUGCAAGUGAGCGCACAACACUUUUUGUCAGCUGAAAAGACAGGAAAGGUGAAAGGAGUCAUACUCACUCUUAAGGGAAAUUCCAGUGGAAAACAUAAAGGCCAUGAUUUUUACUCCAGAUAUUUUGCACCUUGGUAUGGACUUCUGGAAGACCCUGUUACAGGAUCUGCCCAUGCUGUUUUGAGCAGCUACUGGUCAGAGCAGCUGGGGAAGAAAGAAAUGCUUGCUUUUCAAUGUUCCCGCCGUGGAGGAGAGUUGAAGAUUUCACUGCGUAAUGAUGGAAGAGUUGACAUUGCGGGGAAAAUUGCUAUUGUAUUAAAAGGAAACCUGACUUUCUGAAGAAAUUGACACUAAUGUCCCACACCUUCAAAUUAUUCAUAUUAUGCUGAUUACAUCCUAGCUCUAGGCAGUGAAUCACCACUGUCCUCAAAAGUCUUUGAUUACUUAUUGUUCAUUUUUAAAAAUUGCUUGAAAACGCUCACUUCUAAUCUUCAAGAUCCUUGCUAUUGUUUUCUUCACUUUCAUCUUGCCACUUCAUAUGUACACUGACCUCAGAAAAUGUCCAAGGACAGCUAUCUUGUUUCUCUGCUUUUAAAUGAUUCUUUUCUUUAGUUCCAAAUUCCAUGUCAAAAGCCAUUCCUGCUUCCUGGAUUGAAUUGUAAACUUUUCUGAAUGAUAAAAUAAUCAAACUUUUUCCAUAUUCAAUCAUUUUCCAUGAAAUCUGACUACAGUCCUUUUUUAAAAAAAAAUUUUUUCUCUGCCAUAUAUUGAAAUGAUGCUCAUAUGUUCAUUAAUUUAUUUGAAUUAAAAUAUGAAAAAAAUAUGAAUGGUUUAGAAAUGUGCUUUACGGUUCUCUUUUAUGAACAGUAUUUUUCAAAGAUGAAUAGUAUUGCAGUGGCUCGUAGUACGGCUGCUUAGUCAAUAUUUUUAAUUAAAGUUUUAGCAGAAAGAUUUAAGAGAUUGACAUAGUGAUGCACAUAAAACUGGUUAAAAUCUGAAAGAAAACUUUAUUGGU